UCCAGUUCCACUGAAAGAAAUCUUAAAAGACAGACAUUUAUGGGUGAGUGGUCAUGGACAAAGCUGAUCUUUUCCCAUUGUUUGCGCACAAAAGUCCCCAUCCUGGGGCAGAGAAAAGACUCUUUGGCAUUUUCUGAGGUAUUUUCCAGAAGUUUAAAUGAGGUCACGUCAGGUGCUUUCAGCGUCUCCUGUUUUCAUUUUAACGACGACCAUCACCUGUGAUCGCUCCAACGGUUUCCCGAAAGACCGAUUAUCGUCAUCGUCACAUGGCGUGCAAGCAUGAAAGCAACAUUUUUGAAAGAUGACAACGUAAUUAUCUGGAAGGGUCAGCUGUUGAAUUUCAUAGGGUCUCACCCUCAGUCAGCUUGUCCCAUUAACACACAGAAGGCAAAUAGCAAAGAGGUGCAAUUGAUUAAGAACACAAGAAUGGCUGUGACAAACAUACAGCCCUUUCUUUUAUUCUUUGGGGGGGGAAAUACAAUCUAAUAUAGAUCUUUUAAAUUGGAAACGUCUCACUAUAGCACUGGACUUUUUUUUUUUUUAACGUUGAACUAUAUUAGAGAAUGUUUAAGUAUUAGAAUUUUUCUUACACAAUAGGCAAGCCAAGGCAUCAGGGGAAGUGUAAUUUACACGAGUGUGCGUGUGUUUUGUCUGGUAAGGUCCUCAAGGGUUUUUCCUGACGAUGCAUUUCAUGCAUAAUUUACAUUACACAAAUACUUUCGGGGAUUUACAACUAACACAAUUUCCAGACUAAUUUGUUCUGGGGGGGAAAAAGCAAGAUCGCGUGGAAAAAAAAAACAAACAAACAAAACUGCUGUGUGAGAAAAGAAAAUGGAGGUGGUCAGUUUGUUAUCGCCCCUGUGUUUGUUCAAAAAAAAAAAAAGGGAACCAUGCGCUGCAGUGGGUGUGUGUGUAUAAGAGAGAGAGAGAGAGGGAAAGGGGAGAGGAGGGGUUAAAGACUGGGAGGUAUAGAUUGCAGACGGAGCGGUCCUGGGGUUGGCUGGAUUGUGAUAGCGACAGAUGUCCAGAAAACUGCGAGAGGGGGCACUCCUCCGUAACAGCGCACUGCACCUCAGAGAGAAGGAGCGAGGGGCGGAAUCUGCAGCUGUCACUCCAAAGGCUUACCUCCAUUAUCACAUCCACCCGGAGCCUGGACAAGAAGCCCAACUGGUUCCCCAACAAAAGACACAGGAGUCACCAUGGGAGGCAAACUGAGCAAGAAGAAGAAAGGAUAUGACGUGAGCGACCCCAAAGACAAAAAAGACGAGUGUCCGACAAGUGGUGCUGGUGCAGAAGAGUCUGCUAAAGUGGAAGAUGGAGCUCCACCCACAGGAGCUGAGGAGAGUGCUGGGAAAGAUGGCGUGGUAGAGGAAACUGCAGUGUCAGCAGACGCCGCAGUAACAGAAGCUGCAGUGCCUCCAGAAGAACUGAAAUCUGCCCCCACAGAGGAACAAGCUCCUGGAGCUGAAGAGGAGGCCGCUCCGGAGCAAAAACCAGAAGCAGCUCCAGCAAAAGAUGAGCCAGCUGCCGUGGCAGUGGAAACGACCCCAGCUGUCGACAAACCAGUUGCAGCAUCAGAGAACAAAGCACUUGAUGGAGAGGAAGAGGGAGCAUCUCCAGAGAAAGCAUCGCCAGUGGCUGAAAUAGUCCCAGAAGAGCCUAAAUCUGCUCCACCAGAGGAAGUAGCAGCCACAGAGCAGAAAGUAACAGCAGUGGAAGUAACUCCAGUGGAAAAAGUAGAAGCUGUAGUUCAAGAGAAACAAGCUCCUGUAGAAGCACCAGCCAAAGAAGCACCUUUGGCAGAACAAGAGCCCGCUGCAGCCGCAGAGAAACUAGUUGCAGUCGAAACUGCUCCAGCAGUGGAAACAGAGAAGCCACCAGUGGCUGCGGAAGAAUCUUCUCCAUCUGAGGAACCCAUGAAAGCCCAGGCCGAACCCGAAGAGCCCCCAGUGGAGGAGCCUACUGUUGCUCUAGGAUCUGUGCCACAACCAGAUGCUGCUCAGGUCAGCACAGAGGAUCAACAGCCAGAGCCUGAACAAGAGACUGUGACUGAGCCAGAAGUGAUUGAGUUGGAAAGAGUUUCUGCUGCUGCAGUGCCUGAACCUGAACCAGAGGCCGAGCCAGUGGCAGAGUUAGUCUCCCAAACAGAGCCCAAGCAAGACACACUUCAAACUACAGAGGCAGAGUCUACAAAAGCACCAACAACAGAACCUGAGCAAGACGAAGAGAAGAAACAGUUAGAAGAACCUGAAUCCCAACCAGCUUUGGCAGCACCUGACGCCUUUGAACUUGAGACUGUUGAAGCAGAAUCAUCUGAGACUUUGGAGGCUGUGGUAGAGAAUGCCUCUGCAGAAAAUCAUCAUGCAGAAGAAGAAUCCGUUUCAGCAGAAGCCCUGGGCUCUAAUGAUGCAAGUGAGUCACAAGCUGCAGAACCUGUACCUGAGAUUGUCAUCUCACAGUCUGCCUCUGCUAACAACAUGACUGUGGAAUCUGAUAAGAGAGCUGAGGCAUCCUUGGAAGAGGUGCCUGGCCCGGAGCCUGAGAAGGAAGGCAAGAUGGAAAACGGAGAUUUAGGAAGCCCUUCCUCCACGGAGAACGGUGUAGAUCCAGUUGUAGAGGUGAACGGGGAGUGUGCCGAUAAUACUAAUGCCGUGGCCACGCGUGCAGAAGAAUUUGUGAAUGGAAACGAAAAGUCAGAGGAGAGGCCUUUCAAGGAGCAGCGCGAUUUUGAACUGAAAAAGGACGUGAACCUGUGUGGGGAUGUCCAGGAAGUUCCUGACACAGUCUCAGACAUGGUGGAGGGUCUCAGCACUGAGGUCACCCAGGCGGUCUAAAUUGAUGCCUCCUUGUUUCGGCGCUCUGAGUCAGUUCAAUCACUCGAUGGUGAGAGAAAACCACCAAGGAAUCACAGACAGCUACGCUUUCUGAAAUGCUUUAACCACUGCACUGUCUUUAAUGGUAACUCAGGGAAAAAAAAAAAAGCUUUUUUUUUUUUUCCUCUUGGGUCACCAAAAAUGUAAUGCAACCACUUUAUAGAGAGUGACGAACAUGUUGCAAUGGAGAUGGAAGUGCAACGAAGAGAUUCGAGUCGGUGUUUUUGGUGCACAGACAGUGGAGCUGGACAGCAUGGCAAAAAAACACACUCACAUUAAAUAUGGUAUUAAUGAAUGAAUGAAUGAAUACAUUUGUGUUUGAGGCAAAUAAAUACUGCAAUUGGAAAAAUUGGUAAUUUUUCCAAUUACCUUGUCUGGGUAAUUGGGGGAGGGGGGGAAAACAUUCAUUAGUAGCAUAUUCUUGAACUUAGACUUUCAUAUAACCUUUCUAUUGCUAUAUGAAACAACAUGACGUAAAUGUUUUGGCCUUUUAUAAUAAUUGUACUUGUAAGGACUGUUAAUUUUGAAAUGAUUGUUCGGAACAGAAAAUAAAAAGAUUGAUUGUUGUAGUCCACA